UAGCUUUGAAAACAGAAACAAUACACAUUUAUAUUUAAAUAAUUUAAAUCAAAAGAGAGGCAUAAGACGUAAACUUCAAGGAGGGACAGAAAUAUUGCAUUUUAUAAGUUGCACUAAAGUCUUGGAAGUGUGAUACAGUAAGAGGCGUUUCAGUGUCUUCCCGAGGCACGAGAUGAGGGGCUGUUGAGUUCCUUCCCAAGGUUACUAUAGGUAUAAAGUGUCAAGGGUUCUAGUGUAUGGUGCGUUAACAGAGGAGUUCAUCAUGUCUGUGAACUAUCUUCCAUAUGAGGUGCUGGUUGAUCUCUUCAAUUACCUGGGUGUGAGUGACCUUCUAGCAGUUUCAUGUGUGUGUAGACUAUGGCGGGAAGCGGCUACAAUCCUCUUAGCAGAAAAAGUCACCAUCAUGAUCACAGAUGAUGCAGCUCCAGCCGUUGAGACCUUCAGUGCUUCAACCGUUCCAUACCAUAACUGGGUGUUUAAGGAGGUUGACAUCAGGCUACAGGGUCAGUUGGCUGAGGUUUGGAAGAAAGUCUCAAGCAAUGUGAGGAGCUUGAAGUUGAUGAAUGUAGAUGUCAGUCAACAGGAUUUUGUCUGCUUGUUGAAACAAUGUAGCAGCUUAAAAGACCUUAGAUUUGUUGGCUUUGCUCACCUACUUAUGGCAGGUACUCUUUUAAGCAACCCUGAAGAUGUUAAAGUGCUCUCAUCUUCCCUCAAGAACGUGACUCGACUACAUCUGGCUUGCUCGAGAUACUUGACAGAUUCUCUCUUCACUCGUAUUAUUACAGUUGUGGGGCCUCUGAGAAAACUCUCUCUUGCAGGCUGUCAGAUCACAUUCCAUGAAGCCAUCCAUAAGAGGUUCUAUCCAGCUGAUGGAAGAAUCACUGUGUCAGAUCAUGUGUUAACAUUUCAGCAUAUAUUAAAAUUUAUAGAGGAGAAGUCCAAUACGUUGAAGGAAAUUAGUUUAGGGAGAACAAUAGUUGACAGUGAGGGCCUCUAUAACCUAUCAAAGGUACCAGGACUUAAACUUGAAUCGGUGCAUUUGAUGUCAUGUGACCAGUUGUCAAAACGUGGAAUUCAGCUUCUUUGUGAAAACCAAAAGUCCAUAACAGAUCUGGACUUGAGUCUAUGCUCACGCAUUACAGAUUAUGCGGUGUUAGCUGUGUGCCAGCACCUGCCCAAUAUAAGGAAGCUUAACCUGCGGAGAUGUCAGGGUGUUACUGAGAAUGGAAUCAGAGCUCUUGGACAGUUGAGGAAUUUGGAGGAACUGAAUAUAUCCCACUUGGAAUCUGUCACAUCGGAAAGUGUGGAGGAAGCUUUGGGAAAGGAAGUGAGAGCAAACUUAAGAGUGCUUAACCUGGCUUCACUACCAGUUGAUUGGAAGGUUAUUGCAAAGUUGCCAUCAAUUGCCCCAAAUCUCGUGCACCUUGAUGUCUCUAUGUGCAUCACUGGCAUUAAUGACAAAAGUCUUCAGGCAAUAUGUAAAUCGUUGACGAAGCUUCGCAUCUUUAACUUGAAUGGCUGUACAGCUGUGUCAGACAUUGGUCUGGCAGGCCACGGUCUUGGUCAAAAGGACCCGGAUGGAAUCCAGACAACGGGUUUCUCACUAGAGAACCUUGGUGUAAAGGAAAAGGAUCCAUUCAAGGUGCAGCUCGGGUCAAGAGCAGAAAAAAUUAUUCGACAAGAAGCAGAAGUCAAGAAGUAUUUACAGAACAACAUAGAACAGAUUGUGAAAUCAUCUGAAUUCAGUGUGUCAAAUCUCAGUGGUUUACGCGAGCUGAACUUGUGUGGCUGCAAGAGAAUCACGGACAUCACUUUAAUAUAUGCCUUUCACCUAAGGGAGCUUCAGUACCUCAAUCUCUCACACUGUCAGGCAGUUGGAGAGAGUGGUCUGGAAGCAGUGGCCCGACAUUGUCCAAGUCUUGAGGUGCUCAUGCUUGCAGAAUGUGGCCAGACAACUGAUCAUGUCAUACUUGUCAUUGCUCACUACCUUAAACGUAUCAAAACAUUGGAUCUACAGAUGUGUGUGAAGCUUACAGAUGAUGCCCUAGACAGUCUGAGCAACUGUUGCACCUUACGCUACUUAGAUGUCAGUGGUUGUGAGAAGAUGACUCUGGAACAGGUGAGGUUCGUUCAAACGAAAAUACCGAGGUUACUUAAUCUGCACCACCGUGGCGUGAGGGAAAUGAACCCUGAUCCAAUGGCAAUGGAGAAACUGUCUUCUAAAGCAACUGUGCGGAUUCCUCCCGCACCUCCUCUUUUCUCUAAACUUAAGAAGAAAGGGUCUGGCAUUUAGAAAAUUCAGUAUAGGUGCAAUUUCAGGCCAGAACAGUGAAGGUAUGAUUAGGUAUUGUUAUUUUCUUGUAUUGUCUAUUGUGUAAUAAGAGUCUAGAUUAGAAAACCCUGGAUUAUUAUCUGUAUUAAAUCAUUGAUGAUAAUCCAUGAUACUGAUUGUUUUUUAUUUAAAACUACCCAGUAUUAUGAUACAUGAAAUUAGCAUACCAAUGUAGCCCAGUGUUAGAAAAUUAGUUAGUGAAUGUACAGUUAUAGCACUGUAUUAUGUUCAUUUUAUCAGAUAAUGAAAAUUGUAGUUUUUAAUUAAUACAGAUAAUAUAAUUAAAAAUAUAAAUGAUAUAUUACAAUGAAUUCUUUAAGGUACUUUGUGUAUGAACAUGGCUUUGAAUCUUGGGUGUGGGAUAAGGUUUUAUGCUAUGUAUUAUUGCUUAUAGAUGUAUCCAGAUUAGUUUAUUUAUUUGAAUAAAUUAUGAAGUGUAUGGUUUUUGAAAAUGUGAUAUACAGUAUAAGGUUUGAAUGCCAUUAAUUUAAAUGUAUUUGUUUUUGUUGGGGGUUGAAUUUUUAUUUAAAGAUUGAACUUAUCUAAUGUGUUUUUUAUUAAGAGUUUUUACUUUAAGUGUAGUAUGUCUUCCCAGUGAUAGUAGACCAGUUAAUAUAUUUGAGUUAAUUAAGUGUAAAUAUAUAUACCAUAAUUAUAUAUGCUGCCGAAUAGGUGUAGUAGCAUGGUUCACCAAGUAAUAUGGUGAAAGGAUGAAUGCUGUUUUGUAUGUCUUUAACCAUCUUUUACUGUAAUAUUCCUGUAUCUUCUCUGGGCAAACGUCAACCCACCCAUUGAAGUGGGAGUCGGGAUAUUGACGGUAUAUCCAUCACAAUAGUUCUUGACAGAUGGUUGUUCUAAUAUCAUGUCCACUUUUAUUUAAGUCACCAACUGCAUACCGAAGACUAGAGUUAUUUUAAAGUUAACAGCGGUACCAGUGUAAGUUACCGAAGCAUGAUCUCGUUAACAUUACAGUACACUAUAAUAAUUUUCCAUUUAAAAAUGGCUUUAAUGUACAGUACUUUCAAUCCUGGAUCUGAUUUUCAAAUGUGAUCAUACAGGAGGGAGGGAGUUGUCAGGGGAAAGUGUCAAGCCAUUAUGACUAUAUAGCACUUGGAAGAGGUCAGGAUAAGGAUUUGGGAAGGGAUGGGGGAAAGAAGCUGGCCAAAUAAUAAUUUGAGGUCAGCUCUGUUAAGGAUAGAUAAUGUGGUAGAUAAUGUGUUAAGGUCAAUAACGUGGCUGAAAACAGAUAACCCAACCCACUCACACAUGAAAGGAAAGGGACAACGUUUGAGGCUAUGCUGGACUAGAGGCUCCAUGGCAGAUCAAAAUAUUGUCACUUUCUGUUCAUUACAUACGUGUGGCUUGGGUUAUUUAUAGAAAAUGUAUGCAUUGUAUUAGGUAUGCAUAGAGACUUCAUUAGUGUAUCCAUAUUCACAAACACACUAGGCACUUAUUUAUAUAUACAAGAAGAUACAUUGGGUUUAUAAGGGUAUAUAGCAGUGAUUAUUUUACAUUCUUGUAAAGCUAUUAACAUGACUAGCAUUUCGGGCAGGUCACUAAUCUAACAGGUAAUUAAUAUAUUUGAGUUAAAAGUAAAAAUAUAUACCAUAGCUAUAUAUGCUGCCGAGUAGAAAGUGUGGUGAAAGGAUCAAAGCUAUUUUGUAUGUCUUUAACCAUCUUUUACUACAAUAUUCCUGUAUCUUCUCUGGGCAAAUAUCAACCCACUCUUAAGAUAAAUAGAUAAAUAAUUAGAUGAAUAAUCUAACACUUUCCAGGGACAGAUGUUGCUGGACUAGCUUAACAAUAAUUUGGUAGUGUUUUUUUAUUUUUUAAUGUCAAUAUAGUUCAUAAAAAUUAUUCAAAUUUUCUCCUAAUUAUUUAUGCAUUUUAAAAAUUGUCACAUGGUGAAAGUACUUAUACUUAAUGGGCAAAUUUUAUUCCCCCCUCAGUUUUAUAUCACAGUCCGUCCUCCUAAAGUUUUCCAAUGACAAGAAAACAGUUAAUUUAUAGUGUCCUCUCCUAACCUACCAGAGGAUCCAAAACAGAAAAUGAGACAGUACGUCACUUUCGUGAGCUGUUUCCCUUUUUUAGUAAGACAAUUUUUGCCUUAUUUAACACAUACGAUCGAAAAACAAUGUUCUUUGUAGGACGACAGGUUGCAUAUCAGUGCGUUAGUAUAAAGACUCCCCUACAUAACUGUACAAUAUAUUAUAAGUGAAUUUUCAGCUGACUGUGCAUACUUUCACUAUUUCAUAUACGUAUGUAGACAGAUAUCUUUUUAUAUAAAGCAUCUCUGUGUUUAUAAAAAUUUUGUUUAUAAGCAUCUAUUUUCAGCAUAGUGCUCUUGUCAAUGUCAAGAUAAAACAUUAUGUGAUGCAGAAAAUAAUGAGUAUGAUAUGUAAUGAUAACAUGGUACAUAAGCGUCUCUGCAUUUGAAAUGGUGAAUGGAAAAAACAGUACUAAAAGAACAUGGUUAUAUGAUGAAAAUCUCCACAGUUGGUAUCAAUGCUAUGGCUGUUAAAUCAGUGAAGAAAUAGGGCUGUAGGAAUUUGUUAUAACCACUGUAUUUCAGGGUAUGGACAUUUGUACACCAGUAUUUAGCAUUAUCCUCGUAACAUCAGUUAAAGAACAGAAUGGCCACCUGUCCCAUUGCUUGACCUUGAAGUUAAAUCCUGUCAGAUCACUAAUCAAUGUGAUAACUGGAUCAGUAUCACCAAGACAUUAUUUUGGCAGAUCUAACAAUACAGAUGUAUAUACAGUACAUUUUAGAAUGGUUUAGAAAGUAGAUUAGCAUUAUUUUGACUACUCGUCUGAUAACUUUGAUCAGGCUCCAUUUUCUUUCCAUUUUGUCCAGGAGCUUUAUAAUUCAAAAGAUUGAGCCUCCCCCUUUGUAUUUUUGGUACAACAUUUGGGUGUUGUAUAGAGGUUGUUACUGUUGUUCAUAAUGAAAUAACAAGAACAUGAUACAUCUGUGAGAAAGUAUUGAAGCUGUUCAACUGGAAGUCGGUAGUGUGUGUUCCUCAUGAGUUCAGGGAUGAUACGGCACAAAUAUUUUCUCUUGUUACUGUUGUGUUGUCAUGUUCAAUGAAUUCAAGUUUAGCUCAUGUCUGCUCUUAGUACAGUUGAUCAGGAGACCAAUACUGUAAGUUAUUGCUUAGUAAUUGUUAAUGAAUUUAAUAUUUUUCUUUGUGUCGGGUCUUUGAAAAACUGGUUUACAGAGCAACAACAAAAAUAUAUAUAUUAUAUUUUUGAUGGCAAACGAUCCUUGAUUUAACAGUCAUUUGGGACUUUCCAUUUAUAUUGGUAAAAAAUAGUGUUGUAGGCAUUGAUCUUUAAAAUUUGUGUGUUUUUCAUACUGAAGUUUCCAUUAAUAUCACUUUAAUGUUGUAUUACUGUUACCAAAAGCUCUCACUGCAAUAUCUGUUAUCAGUGUGAUAUUGCUUUGACAGAGGAAAUGUACAGAUGUGCUUUUUAUACACACCUGUUAAGAUAUUUACACCACUGGUUAUGUAAAUUAUAUAAGCACAGUACAGCACAGUACCCUUAAUAUAAAAUACAUUGAGAUAAUAUUCUGGGUAUGUGUACAUUCUUUAAUCCUGCUACAUGUAGCACAGUAAAUAUGUAUAUGACGUAGUCUCAUAAUCUGUAGUAACAUAUCUGUAAUAUACGGGGUACUUAUAUUUCAAGAAUAAUUCUGAUGAAGCUUGAAUAUAAAAAUAAAUGAUUUGAAAUGA